GGUGGACGGAAGACGGCAGGCUUCCCAUGCGUUUAUUGCGGCAGCUGGGUCUUUCGCAUAUUUGCGAGAUAAUGCGUCGAUCAAGGCGUCGAUGGGGAGCAGCACAACAGUGGAUUUGUCUAUAGAGUGUGCGGGGAUGUUGGAUAGGUUGAUGCUGGCGCAGGCUCAGGAGUGUGUUUUUGAGAAUACUAUCGCCAAAGGAAGUACUCCCGGAGUUUGUGCCAAGAUUUCUAGGCAGGUUGGACUCUACUAUGAGGAAGCUUUUGCUGCAUUGCUUGUUGCACCUUUAAAGGAUCAUUUUGAAAAAGCCUGGAUCUCACAUGUGCAGCUUAAGGCAGCUCUGUUCUAUGCAGAAGCUUGCUAUAGAUCUGGUAUGGAGCUUCAUGAGAAAGAAGAGAUUGCAGAAGAAAUUGCACGAUUGAGGAGUGGGGUUAAUGCUUUAGCUGAGGUAAAGAAGUCAUCAUCAAAAGGGGCUGCUGCCCAGCUACUGGAUGCAAUUAAUACGUUAGAAGUCAAUCUUAAUCGCAACCUUGAGAGGGCUGUGAAGGAAAAUGAAAGGGUUUACCUCAUGAGGGUUCCUUCCCCUAGUUCCUUAUCACCUCUCCCAGCAUUUUCUAUGGUUAAGCCAAUGCAGAUGAAUGAGGUUUUGGAUGCUAGCAAGGAGAGGAUGUUUGCAAGUCUUGUUCCUGACAACAGUGCAAAGGCUCUUUCCAGGUACACUGAAAUGGUUGAUGAUAUCAUCAGGACACAGGCAGAGAAACUGCAGCGAGGAAGUGAGCUAACCAGAGUGAGGCUCAAGGAAAUGGACCUGCCAGAUUCUAUCCUUGCUCUGGAGGGGCAUUGCACUCUCCCCUCAGAUCUUAAAGAAGAAGUAGAAGCUGUGCAAAUUAGUGGAGGCCCAGCUGGUUUGGAAGCUGAGUUGCAGCAACUUAAGGAUCUGAGAAGGGUGAACAAUGAAUUGCUUGUCCAGACUGAGGAACUUUUGCAAAAAGAAGCAACAGAAGAUUCUCAGUUUCGAAGCCAGUUUGGAACAAGAUGGACAAGACCUCAGUCCAGCACUCUGACAAAGAACUUGCAGGAUAGGUUAAAUCGUUUUGCAGCUAACUUAAAGCAAGCUGCGGAAAGUGAUGCCCGCAUUGAGCGUUCAGUGAGAGAUCAUUCUGCACUGAUGUCAAUCCUUGACCGUCAUCCGAUUGAAUCAGCACUUCCCACUCUGUCUAGGCCAAUAAUGUCAUUGGAUGCUAAUGAAGAUGCUAUGGUGGGCGCCCUCAAACAGAGUCUGAGGCAACUGGAGAAUCUGGGUGCUCAGAGGGCAGGCCUUGAAGAUAUGCUUAAAGAGAUGAAAAGAAAGGAUGACAUACUGCCAAAGCUGAUGACAUCCACUGGCUCCUGUGACGAUCUUUUCAGGAAGGAAAUAGCAAAAUAUGAUCAUAUUUGUGAGGACAUUGCCCAAAACAUUGAGGCGCAGGAACAAUUGUUGCUGCAAAUUCAGGCUCAAAAUGAACAGUUCUCUGCAAUCUUUAAUCUAGAAGAUUACAAAGCCUCUCGGGAUAAGUGUUUCAAGCAAAUUCAAGCUGCCAUAGCAAAGUACAGAGAAAUCAAGGAUAACAUUAAUGAAGGACUGAAGUUUUAUGUUACACUUCAGGAUGCAAUCACAAAUGUCAAGCAGCAAUGUAGUGAUUUUAUAAUGACUCGAAACAUCCAGUGUAGAGAAAUGAUUGAAGAUGUGCAGAGACAAAUGGCAGGUCUUAAUUUCCAGGAUCGUAAGAACACAGGUCCUUACCCUCCAGUCGGACAGCCACAGCAAACUCCAAGAAACCCACCUCAGCCACAAACAGAACCUCAAAAUGCUGCCCAUCCUCAUUCUCAAACUCCUUAUUAUCGGCCUCCUGAGCAGCCAAUGCCUGGUUAUGGUCACCCUCCUCCAUAUGGUGCACCGCAGCAGCCACCACCUUACCAUUUGCCUCCUGCAACUGGCGCUCCUUACACUUCCCCACCAGUCCAACAACAGCCACCGGCAAGCCAGGAGUAUGGACAACCUGCUUACCCAGGAUGGCGUGGCCCAUAUUACAAUGCUCCUGGACAGCAACCUGCAUCCUUUCCUCGACCUCCUUAUAGCACUCCAUCACCGUAUCCCCCUCACCAGAGUGGUUACUACAAGCAAUAAUUGUCUUCUUAUUUCAUUUUCGACUUAAAAAUAUAGAUUGUGAUGCCUUCUUUCUUCUUCUUCUUCUUCUUCUUCUUCGUCUUCUUCUUCUAUUUGCAUGGUCAAUUUAAGUAUUUUUGUAUGUAUAGCUUGGCUUUACAUGUGUGCUGAGAUUUGUGCAAUAAAUGCUGAUCAUGUCGAAAGACUUAUGUUUCUUUACCAAUUGAUCAACAUUCAAGAAUUAGCAGAAUUUUGCCC